CUCUGGGGAGGUUCAGGGAAAGCGACGGAAGCUAGGCUGGGGAGAGGCGUCUCGGGCACCGCCUCGAAAACGAGGGCUUUCCCUCUUCUCGCAUAACUUCGUGGGCAUUCGGCGGAAUUCUCGCGAAAGCUUAAGACUGGUUUCCAAGCAGACGAUACACUGGGUUGCCGUUGACGCCCUCUAGCUGUGGAGGCCUUCAUUUCCGCAUCUCUCAGGAGCUCCACCCUGGAAGGAUAACUUUCCACUCAAACCUCCAUCAGCUGGCUUCAACCCAUUUUGGCUAGUGAUUGCUUUGCUGCAGUGGUUACUGCCAUGUGGUACCAUUCAGUCACUCUGUUGCUAUUUUUUUCCUGCGUCAUUGCUUGUGGUUUGUAUUCUCCCGAUCCUGGGCUUCUGUCUCAAGGCAGGAGCUACCUGCAGUGGGUUCAGGAACUAGCUCGCCAUCCACGAUAUGGUCCUUGUUGGAUGGGAGCCUUGGGACAAUUGGAUGGUGGGUGCAGGGAGCUGAAUGAAGAACAACAAAGCCGUAUUGCGCUAGCAUUUGCUCACUGCCACCUACAACGGUCUGGGAGGAGGUUCCCACCCUGUGAAGUUGGUAGCUCUAUCCGCGACUGCACACAACACAUGGAUCCAGUGGCUUUUGGAGUGUACACUGAGUUUUUCACCCAUGUUCAUACCAUCUGUUAUUUUCUACACAAUGAGGCUUGGCAGCAGCAAGCUCAAGAUACUGUGCACAGGCUGAUAUCCUCUUCUGAAAUGGUGGCCCAACAAUUGGAAUCUACCAACCAACUUGCAGAAGAGACUGCUCGGGCCCAGAAUGCCACCUUGCGCUCUCAGGAGCAGAUCCUGCGAGAUGGGGAGGUGCUAUGGCGAACCCUCCGUGACUCCUCCCAAGGCAUGCACCAGGCCUUCCAAGAACUGCAGAAUUCAGCCAUCGAGCAGCGAGUAGCCUUUGCAGAGAUCUUUAAUCGGGUGGCAUUCCUGCACCGCUUUGUAGUAGGGGAAUCCAAUGCACUCUAUUCUGUCUUCUUCCAUCUUUUGAGUGGUGUUACCAUACUGCUGCUGACCUCUAGCCAGCAAACUGCAGGAGCUCGGUUAAUUUUGCUGACCUUGGUGGGAGCUAAUAUUUAUCUAGAACGUGUCAUCUGUAACCUUCUCUUGGAUAACUCAAAAGAGGGCUAUGACCUGACGGAAAGCAUCUCCUCCUGGGUGGGUCUGUCGCGCCGGACUUUUGCUGGACUGUGCAUAGCUGUGCUAGCUUAUUUUAUCUGGACCUACAAGGACCCAGCCAAACAGAGCCAAGAGGUGCUGCAGAGUCUACAGGAGACUCGGACAGAGAUUCAGCAACUUUUACAAGAAACUGAGAGGCUGUUGGCUAAACCGGAGCUUCUGUUUCAAGGCACCAAGCCUAGAAUAGAAAAGGAGGUGUUGAGUGACAUGGGUGUCUCAAAGCUGCUGUUCUGUUCAGAGAACAGAGCUGAAAUGGACGCAAAAGAGCACUGGGCUGAUUACCGGAGAAAUGAGGUAUGGACAAGCAGCCCCAGGCAGAGAGAACGGCCAACUUCCCAGACUCGUCAUUCAUUGUCUCGCCAGCACAGGCAAUCCCAAAAUGCUCCUACUCAGCUGCUGAUGAUCUCUAUGCCAGUGGAUGGGACUCCACGGUACAACCUUCGGAGCCGGCAGUCUCUACAAGACCCAGACCCUUCCACACGCUAUGAAGCCUGAGCCCCAAUGCCCGCAAGAAAAG